UAUACGCCCAUCUCGAGCAUCUCUACGAUCGAUAUCGAAUGGUAAUCGACAUCGAAACAGAACGGAACGGUACGACUUGGAUAGAUGGUCGAAGGGAUGAAAAAUCAGGAUGGUGUGGCGAAACGGAAUUGGGAAAAGCAUAAUAGAGGGUGGAGGUGGUAGGUGAAGGUAAGUAGAAGCGGGAAGAACGAGAAAGAAAAGGAAUACGUGAAGGGUGGGAAGGAGAGGAGGCGCAGUGGGAAGGGAGGGUGAGAGAGGUGGGGAAGGUGGUUAGACGGGAGUAGAAUGGUUGGACGGAGAGAGGAAAGAAGAAACGGCGGAGCGCGGUAGAGAAGUGGAAAAUAAGGAGAGUGGGGCAACGAUAAAUCGUUCACCUGAACGGCAUGCUCGCCGUGGCGCCGUUCACGAUGCAAGCAAACGGGAAGAGAGUAUGUACUUAGUAAGCGCGGAUGCCGUGGUCGCUGUUCACCGUUCCGUCAUCGGGGUCGAUUCGAUUCGAUUCGAUUCGAUCGAUUUCAGGCCGCAACAGCAGCAGCAGCAGCAGCAGCAGCAGCAGCAGCAGCAGCAGCAGCAGCAGCAGCAGCAGCAGCAGCAGCAGCAGCAGCAGCAGCAGCAGCAGCAGUAGCAGUUUCAAGGAGACGUGAGAACGGCGGACGAAGAAGAAGAGAAGAAGAGUGGGUGGUUGCGUAGAUCGGGCAACGAAACAACGAUCUACGGCGGUAUCGUUGGUUCGUUGACGACGCAUCAUCGCUGGCACACUUGUCGCUUGGGAAAGGAGAAUAGACUUUCUCCUUCUCGUCGUUCCUCGUACCACCGCCGCCUUUCGUCUCGUUCUUCUUCCACGGAAAGAAACGCGAUCGAAGUGUCGGACGAUAAGAACGACGACGACGAGGAGGACGGCGGCGGCGAGGACGAGGACGAGGACAAAGACGACGUGGGUAACGAAGAGAAGGAGCAGGAGCAGGAGUAAAGUUAAAAGGAGGAUCGGCUGGCCCGGAACGAGAGGAAGAACGAGAACGAGGACGAGAAAGUUGGAAGGAGUAGGAACGUGAGAAGAAACGCGUUUGGGCGAUCGUCGAGAAGCGAGAAGGUUAGACGCGUGUGUGCGCGCGUGUAAAAGAGAGAAAGAGAGAGAGAGAGUCGGUGCGUCGACUUCUCGGUGAGGAGACAUCGCUCGAGGAGGUGACACGACACGAAGCAGAGGACGAAAAGCCAGGGGAGAAGAAAAUAGCGGUGGUAGUGGAGAAGGAGAAGGAGAAGGAGGUGAAGGAGGUGAAGGAGGAGGAGCGAGCGCGUGCGAGCGUUUAAAAGGAAGAGGAAGGCGUUUGGGAGGAGGAAGGAAGAGGAUAGGGAAAGGAGCGGAUCGACUUGUAAAUCCACGGUGACAGACCGAUCAAGAUGAGGGUACAUCGUGGGAUUUGUGCGAAGCUCCAAGGAGGAUUCCUGAGGCGAUGGUGUAAGUAGCAAUCGACUGGAGAGCUGGCCCGCGUUGGCUGGCAACGCUGUUUCGUACAAGACGUCGGGGGGAGGUACGUUAACGAGAUAGUUAACCGGCGCCACGAGCAUCACGCUCGGUGCGCUCUUAAUUCGAUCCGAGAAACGUCUCAGCUCGCGAUGAUUCACCGUGUUUCUUCUGGAUGCCGCCUCGCUUCUAACGAACGAUUCAACGAACAAUUUUCUCCGCGUCGCGAACGAGCGAGCGCGAUCGAGUCAGUGUCGGGUCCUUUACUUUCACUCCGUGUCGGGUCCGUGGGCUUGGAGCGCGAAACGCAACGGUUUUCUCUUGCCGGAGCGCGCGAUUCAAUCCCUUGUAAAAGAAGGUUCGAAGGAGCGGAGAGGAGGAGGACGAGGAGGAGGUCGCGAAUCGCGUCAGACAACUCCGCGGCAGGCAGCGGAGAACUGUUGGAAAUUUCCGCGAAGAAAAGGAUCGGCGGAGUGGUUGGGGGGCUAGAGGUGUGUGGGAUGCCACGGGAAGAAUAAAGUUGCAAACGCUAAUUAUCCGAGGAAAAAACUGAUUGGAAUCGCGAAGAAAAAAGUAUGAUUGCGCGUUUGUAGGAGAGCAGCAGCUGGAAUGGUAUGCGCGCGUUCGUAAUCGCGUAGCCUGGGGAUAUUAUAUUAUAGUUGUGGUCGGAAAACGAACUUUGCUACCAUUACGAGGAACGAUUUAGCGUGCUGGGUGGGGCUUCGGGGACAGCAAUGGGGGACAGCGGCGAUCGCGACGGCUACGAUGGAGGGAUUGGCGGCGGGGAGAGAGAGGGUGGAGUAAAUUUACCUGCGAUUCAAUUCCGGGAUCAUCGUCGAUCGACCACCCGUUAUGCAACUUUCCCACACGCGACGUCGCGAGGAAUUCUCCGGUGGAGAAGAAGCGUCGGGGUAAGGAAGGUAAUGGAGGAUGACGGUGGCGGACGGCGUUGGAAUCGUUUGUGAAAUCUUCCUUGGAGUAAGAAGGAAGCAGGAAGUGUAGGCUUAUAUAAGUACGUAAAUCGCGUGUAUAGGGGUCCCGAAUUGAAACUCGCCGAGGAGCUCGUCGAGGAGCUCGUCGAGGAGCUGGCGCGCGGUUGCUUCUUAGAAUCGAUCGGUAUUCGUAGCGUGUCGAUCGAUGAGCCCGCGACGGAACGCGCGGAGGCGAGCGAGUACUCGGCAGUCGCGUAAACAAC